AUGUCCUUCAGUGACCAGCAGUGCAAGCAGCCAUGCGCGCCACCUCCGUGUCUACAAAAGACGCCAGAGAAGUGCCAGGCACAAGCUGAGGGAGUGUGCCUCCCCUCGUGCCAAGAUAAGUAUUCUCCACAAACUCAGGAGGUAUGCCAACCUCAGUGCCAGGAGUUAAGCCAGGGAAGCUGCCCGCAGCAAGGCCAAGGCCCAUGCCUACCUCCGAGCCAAGGCCAAUGCCUGCCCCAGUGUGAGGAGCCCUGCCAGGAGCUACCGCAGACAAAAUGCGUGGAGGUGUGCCCACCGAAAGUCCAGGAGACGUGCUCGCCCCAUGGCAAGGGGAAGUAA